CAAGCAAGAACCGCCACUUACCAACCGCCUACAUGUAUGUACUCACGGAACUCCACGGAAAACCUCAGAACCAUACACAAAAUCCUGCAGCCGACUUUGGGAACGUUGGAUGAUGGCCCGGCCUGCAUAUGCACGCGAAAACGGCGUCUGUGUGUUUCUGCUCACAUGACGCAGAGACACACGGCAGGUUGGCGGUCAGGGAGAUUCAUCAGGACAGGAAACGGAAGAACGGCCUGGUCCGUGUCUUCUCCUGUGUGCGAAGACAUUCAUGAUCUGAGAUCCUUCCAUGUUGAUGUUGCAUCAGACAGCUAGUUUAUCGCUUUCCGCAACGCGGCACAGCUCCUGCCAGGCAGGCAUAUUGAAGGCACAGGGCACAUCAUAUACGGUGUAGAAUGCAAGGGCUAAUUGCACCUCGUCUCAAGUAUAUCCACAGGCCAGCCAGAAGUUCACAAGAAAAUACAACCGCAACAAGCUGAAUAAUAAUCCUCACCCGAGACAACCAGGGGCGUGGAGGGAAAUUGCAGAAUCUGGCGGCGGCGGCGGUGAGCGUUCAACACGAGCAAGAGCAUCAACACAAAUCUGCAGCCAUCCACCAGAAUAUCAUCCGUCAAUGAUAUUGGAUCUCGACAUGCAGUUGGAGACAGACAUCAAGCAGGAACAACAGUGCGAGAAAGGCCAAGGCCAAGACAAGACAAGACGGAGGGAGCGGAAGCAUGCGUCGCCGUUUAGGUAGGGUUCUGUGCUGCUGUGCUGCUGGGCACAGAGAUGAGUUCCCCGAACCCAGACAUUGACGUGGCUAGCCGUUUUGUGUCUAUUUUGGACUGUGCAUACCGCUAGAUCUGUACCCCGAGGUCGCCGAGCAAGACCUGAUCCAAAAUAUCCCAGCCUGGCUUGAUGACCCCAAGAUAUCUCCAUCGCUCUUUGGUGACAAGUAGACAGAACCAACUCAAUUAGGCACCUCCGGAAUCCUCAUCACUCCCCUCCACCCCAACAUCCCCCUCAACACCUCCACCACCUCGUCAAAAUCCGGCCUCCCCUCCACAUCCCCAUCCUCGCACCUUCUCUGCAGCUCCUCCAACCCCCUCCUCAUCGCCCUCUCCCGCUCCCCCUCCCCCCCUUCUUCCACAAGCCCGAGCACAUCCCCCACCAACCUCCCAAACGCCGCCACCUCCACCCUCUCCACCCCAUCCUCCUCCUCCCCAUACACGCUCGCCGCCCCAAAAUCCCCCAACAACCCAUGCCCAUCCUCCUUGCUAGCCAAAAUAUUAUGCGCGUACAAAUCCCCAUGACAGAUCCUCCGCCCAUGUAGAUGCGCCCCCGCCCCCGCAAUCCCCGUCAGCAUCUCCACCGCCUUCCCCAUCUCCCACCCCCUCUCGCCCUCCGUAAACCGAUCCCGUGUGCAGCUCUCCAGAUCCGGCGGCAAGCCCAAAACUUCAUACCCCCUCGGCACCAAACUCAUCACAAUCCCCCCCUUCACCCCUUCCCUUUCCCCUUCAGAAUAUCCCGUGACCUUUCCCACAACACCUAUCAACGACUCGUGCGAUCCGGCGAGCAACACCGCCUCCAUCUCAUCUUCCGGCCUGCCGUCGCUCGUGAGAGAACCUCUGAACAUUUUGACGGCUACGUCUUCUGUGAAGUCGGAAUCAGGGGAGGGCUUCCAUUCUGCUUGGGAGAUGAUGCCCGAGGCGCCCCGGCCGAGCACGCGGGAGAUGGCGAGGGAGCUGUAGGGGAUGUCGAGGAGGCCAAAGGGGAGUUUGUGGGCUUUGCGGGAGGAGAGGGAGCAGGGGUUUCCGGCGAAGGAGAGGUAGGCUAGCUUGGGGAAGGCAGUGAACAAGAACUUGGGGAGGGAAGAAAAGUUGUUGGCCGAGAGGCGGAGGAGGGUGAGGUUUUGGCAUUGGGUGAGGGAGGGGGGGAGGGUAGAGAGGUUGUUGCCCGCCAGGAGGCAUUUCUCGAGGUUGGGACACGAGGAGAUGGAGGAGGGGAGGAAGGGGAUGCGGUUGUCGGUCAGGAUUAGCCAGCGGAGUUUGGGGGGGAGGGUGUUUUCGGGUAUGCUGGUGAGCGAGUUGUGGCGGAAGGCGACCAUUUCUAGGGUGUGGUGGGAGGAGAGGUCCGGGAAGGUGGUGAAGGCGCAGUUGGAGAGGAAAAGGAUUUUGAGGUUGGGGAGAGAGGUGGUGAAAUUGGGUGGGAGAGAAGAAAGACCUGUCCCGGAGAGGUCGAGGUAGGUUAGGGAGGGUCCGAAGGUGAAGAUCUCAUCAGGGAAGACGGUGAGGGAGGGCGUGGGUAUGAGCUUGAACUUGGUGAGGCCGAGGUUGGCAAGGGAGCCAUUUUGAAGGGCCUCGAGGUCGUAGGUGUCGUUGCUCAUUGUAAAGUGCUGGCUUACACUGUGGACUGGGUUGGUGAUCACUGGGCGGAGUGAAAAGCAGAGUGAGCUGAAGUUGAGGCGGGUGAGGCUUCCGAGAUUCCAGCCCCAGAGCGGGUCUCAUGCUGGGCUUCUCGUCUCACCCGCCUCUGCCCCACAGGGCAUACUGAGCAUCACAUGAGCAAAAGUAAAGACAUUCUUAUCAUGAAUAUUCCAAACUCAAAUCAUCUGAACUGAGCGCGCGCAAAUCGACUGAAAUAUUCUGACAAGACACAAAACUGGUGAAGAGAGAGAUGCUCAAGGCUGAAAUCUAAAGUGGAGAUAACUGUGGGGGGUUGUGCAGCGUGAAGCUAGUGCAACGGCCCUUUGACAUCAGUGGACCGUGCUCCCGUCAGAUUGAACCGCCGCCGAACUUGGGACCCAACUUCCAUUGCCAAUCUCAAACCCUCUCCAGCAAAAGGCCAGUCCCGUUGCGAGCGACAAAACAAGGCUUCCACACAUCCACUCCGAACCGUCACAAUAGAAUUGGUUCCGUACUCGAUCUACCGAUACAAAUCCAUCACAAUGUCGUCCGAGGCGCGAAAACGGACGGCCGAGCCCACCGACGACGAGCUGCCAGCCAAGAGGCAACGAAGCGUGGAGGGCGACAUCGUCUCGGCCGUGGAACAACUGCAGACAUUGAAUAUCGCACCUUCCAUCACCCAUGAGGAGAUGGCGCGCGCUGGACUGCGUCGCGCCAUCGCCCUCGCCUUGAAGCAUGUUGGAUUCGACUCGUCCGCGAAGGAUGCCAUGGAGAUGUUUACAACGAUGGUGGAAGAGUAUGUCGAGUCGCUCUUCGGGACUGUCAAGAUCAAUGCCAAUGCUGCUCGCCGUUCCCAACCCAUUCCUCGCGACUUUGAGCGCGCGUUGAAGUACUUCAACCUGACCACCACUGCGCUCGAACCACACAAGAAGAAUCCCAUUCCAAGAGCCAAGAGGAUACCUGAAUACGAGCCGAUACCAGAGCGCGAUCCAGUUUUCGUCGACAUGCCAGUACUCGGCGCGGAGCUGGACGGUGCUCGCGACAAGGAAUCCAAACUCUACAUCCCUAAGUCGUUCCCUGCCUUUCCAAGCAUUCAUACCUACAGAUACACGCCUGAGACGAUUGAGACCGCUACCGUGGUGGACGACUGGGGGAGCUUUGCUGCGGAUUCACAAUCCCAGACGCUCAACGGAUCACAAGCCACGCCACAGCCGCAACGACCGCUUGCACCCGAGGAGAUUCCCCAUGGCGAUCCCAAGAAGCUGCGCGAGGCUGCCGCAAAGGAAGCAAAGGCAGGGGAGGCGGCUCUACGAAGGUUGAUGCGCGCCUCCAAGAUCGCGAAGCAGAAGGAGGUCUGGACUUCGGCGCAGUCUCGGCCAGCGAGGCGGGAGCGUCAUGAGCUUUGGGAGUCUGCUAUGCGCGAGUUCAUCGAGGAUGACACGAGGGCCAGCGGCAAAGAGGUGGCGUCAGGAGGGUUGCAUGGCGAGAAGGGCAGGUUCGAGAUUGCCGAUCAUAGCAUGAUUGUCAACACGGAGAAACGCUAUUUCAGGCAUGAAGUCCCUCGAAGUGGUGCCAGGAAGGCUUUGGCCGCCGCUCAGGGUAUCUCCAGCAAGGGUUGAGGGGUGGUAUGGGACGUAGCGUAUAGAGCCGCACAGAAUGCAGGACUAUGGGAUUCGGGAUUCGUAUUGCAAGAGGAACCAAGACAGGGUUGGGAUACAUCACAGGAGUUUGGACUUAAUUUUGGCGCUGGGGAGACGGACGGGAAAACAGGAUCAUUGAUACCCCAUGCACAACUCUUCUAGAAAAUAGGGGUCAAUCAGAAGCAUGUAGCUUAGCUUUAAUCUAUUACCAUCGCUGAACUCUUUGUUCUCCUGUUUAUCUGCAAUGGACAUCAUUCCUUAUCA